AUGAAGCUCGUUCGCUUUUUGAUGAAAUGCUCUAAUGAGUCUGUCACUGUUGAAUUGAAGAAUGGCACAACUGUCAAUGGCACUAUUACCACUGUUUCACCUCAGAUGAACACCGUCCUUCGCUCCGUGAAGAUGACCCCUAAGGGGCGCGAUAUGAUUCAACUCGAGUCUAUCAACAUUCGAGGCUCCACAAUUCGUUAUGUCGUCCUGCCCGAUAGCUUGCCCAUCGAUACUUUGCUUGUGGAUGACAACCCCAAGCCCAAGAACAAGGCCCGCAAAGAGUCAGACCGGGGACGUGGCGGUCGUGGAGGUGCCCGCGGUGGUCGGGUGCAGACCGGCGUUCUUUCUAAUCAGUGUUAA